AAGGGGUUGUUUAGAUUUGGUGAAAAAAGAUUGUACAAUUAAAGAUCAUUUGGUGGAUUAAUCUGCAACAUUAGCUAUCUAGAAAGUCGAGGAGAGUUUCUUCAAGGAUUUAACCCAACAAGUUCUGACGGUUCCAUCAACUGAGAAUAGGGGUUGUGAUUGUCUAGCUGGUCUGGAGUGCAUAUUAAGCAUCAUCAGGGCCCUUCAAAUGGGGUCCUGCUUUUCUGCUGAAAGCAGGAGUCCUCUCCCUGGAUCGCCUCUGUCCCCUCAUCCGGCUCUCGACUACUGGAAGAAGGGGUAUUCGAGGAAGAAACCAGGAUCUUCUGACUACAGAAAGGGGGAAACGUUGCAUCGGAUUCCAGGGAGGCUGUUCUUGAACGGCUCUACUGAUGUUGCUUCACUUUAUUCUCAACAAGGCAAGAAAGGAACCAACCAGGAUGCCAUGAUUGUUUGGGAGAAUUUUUGUUCCAGAACAGAUACAGUUUUCUGUGGUGUUUUUGAUGGCCAUGGUCCCUAUGGUCAUAUGGUAGCAAAGAAAGUGAGGGACCAUCUUCCCUUAAAGCUGAGUGCUCACUGGAAAGUUAAUAUAUCUGGUGGGGAUGUUCUCAGAGAGAUCAGUUUGAACAACGCAGGAAGCAUCAACUCUGAAGAAACUGCUCUUAUAUCUGCUGAUGAGGAGUUUAGGGCCUCGGUAGAUAUCAUUGAAACAGAAAAGCUCCCAGAGAUCUUUAAGACUCUUAAAGAGUCUUUUUUGAAGGCAUUUAAGGUUAUGGACAGGGAACUUAGAUCGCGUACCAAUAUUGAUUGCUUCUGUAGCGGAACAACUGCUGUAACUUUGGUCAAACAGGGUCCAUAUCUUGUCAUUGGAAAUGUUGGGGACUCCAGAGCUGUGUUGGCAACAAGGGACAAAGACAAUUCACUUACUGCAGUUCAGUUGACUGUUGAUCUCAAACCAAAUCUUCCAGCGGAAGCGGAGAGAAUUCGAAGGUGUAAGGGUCGUGUCUUUGCUCUUCAUGAUGAACCUACAGUUGCCAGAGUUUGGCUGCCUAACAAUGAUGCACCUGGCCUGGCCAUGGCACGGGCUUUUGGAGACUUUUGUCUCAAGGAUUUUGGCCUGAUCUCUGUGCCUGAGAUAUCUUAUCGGCGCCUAUCAGAGGAGGACAUAUUUGUGGUGUUGGCCACGGACGGGAUUUGGGAUGUUCUUUCAAACAAAGAAGUGGUGGAUAUCGUAGCAUCUGCCCCAGCACGUUCCUCUGCUGCUCGAGCCUUGGUUCACUCGGCAGUUCGAGCCUGGAGAUACAAAUACCCGACUUCGAAAGUUGAUGAUUGUGCUGUCGUGUGCCUCUUCCUUGAUUCCAACUCGAGCAAUAUAACCUAUGCUUCCAGUGCCAAUGCAAAAGUGCAGCCAACUUCAACGGACUAUGUCAACAACGAGAGCAAGAAAGACGAUAGUCUCGACUGGUCUAGGACAGUGCGAACCGGCAAAGUUGUCCCUGGAGAGAAUGAAGACGCUUCAACGACGAAGCAGCAGGAAACAAAUUCGGAAUUGGGAAUAGAUUGGUCUGCCCUCAAUGGAGUGUCUCGUGCCGAUACAGUUUUGAAUCUCCCAAGGUUUGUUCCCGGAAAGGAAGAUGAGAAAGGUUGGGAAUGAGGAGGUCCGAUUAGUACCUAAAUUUUUGGUUUGCUUAUGUUGUAUUGCUUACUUUUCUCUACAGAACAAUGAUUGAUGUCGAAAUGUGCCCGGCUGUAUUAGUGAGUCCGGGAAUUUGUCCUUUCACUCUAGUGUGGGUAGAAAUGGAAUAUUUUGUACAUCCA